AUAGUUUCAAAACCCAACGACGCCCUCUAUAUACACAUAUAUACAUAUAAAAUCCAUUUUCUCUAACUCUGGAAACUAUUGGGGUUCUCAGCUCCUCAAAACCCAAUCUGCACAUCCAAGUUUUGGUCUGGCGAUUUAGCUGAAAGAAUGCCGAAGGUUAGAAGGGCCAGAUCCUCGUCUUUGGAUCAGUCAAGAAAAUUUCCUUAUCCUUGCAGCUCCAAUAAUGCUGAGCAAUGCAUAGCUGAGAACCCUUUUCAACAGGUUGGGGAUGAGAAGGAAUGGGAAGAUGCUAGAUGUCCUAUCUGCAUGGAGCACCCUCACAAUGCUAUCCUCUUAUUAUGUUCAUCUCAUGACAAGGGUUGCCGCCCUUACAUGUGCAACACAAGCUACCGCCACUCAAAUUGUCUUGAUCAGUUCUGCAAUUCAUUUGCAACAACACCAUCAACAGCUCUAUCCGGAGAAGUUCCUCUUUCAAGCACAGCCUCCCAUAGAGGGAGGGAAGGAGGUCAGCAAGGAAGUGGAGAGCGCUUGUUAGUCCAGCUGACUAGGUUCAGUGGGAAAGCACAACCAAAGCUUUUGUGUCCUCUUUGUCGGGGACACAUUAAUGGAUCGGUUGUUAUCGAGCCUGCUCGCCGGUUCAUGAAUUCCAAACAUAGGAGUUGUUCACUUGAGACGUGUGAUUUUAGUGGGACUUACUCAGUGCUAAGAAGGCAUGCAAGGCUUGAACACCCUUCUGUCCGACCAUCUGAGGUGGAUCCAAGACGGCAGCAUGAGUGGACUAGGUUGGAGCGUGAAAGAGACUUCCAGGAUGCUUUUAAUGCAUACCAAUUGGACUCUGGUGACGAAGGGAAUGAAGGGAACAUCUUAUUAGAGCUAUGGGACUCCGAGGAUUACAUCAGAACAAUAAAUGCGGAAUGGGAGGAUAACUUAGUAAAUGUGGAGCAGUUAAUGGACUUUGAGAAUUUCUUCAGCACUAUACACUCGGAAUCUGAGGAAGAAAGGAAUGACGGUAGUUUGUUGUGCGCAGAUUUUGACUUUGAGCUUCCUUUCUCGUUUCUUGAUGAGUUCUUCCCAUUCGCUCCUUUGCUCGAGACAAGUGAGUCUGGUGAUAGAAGAGGUAGUCGCCCUUCGCUUGAAAGGAGAUCAGCAAUACGGUCAAGGCAAACUUAUCCCAUGGAGGUUAAUACUACUAGACUGCAUGGAAAUAUGUCAUCAGGGCAUGCCUGGGGUCUACGUCGACAACGUUCAAGACAAAAUAACUAGUGAUUGUGGCACAUGGUCUCCCUGCAGGUUUAGUUCAAGGGUUUAAAUGUUUGUGCUUUUGUCCAGUUGCUCGAUUUUUCAUCACCUUUUACCUAUUUUUGGGAAGAAGUAGUGGUCUGAAGACACGGGUCCUGGAUUUGUGGGUUCUUUUAUUUAUAUUUGAGGUGGAGCAGUAGAAGUAGAGGCUAGCAGGUUUUCACAGCGUUAUUCUUUCUCAAAAAAUCAGAAGAAAAGAAAACCAUUUUUGGUGGUUAUCAAAUAUGAAUUCACUCAACAUUGUUGUUUGUUGAGCUUGUGUAUGUGUCAUCCUCCUACGAACUCUCACGUCUGUAUUAUUCCUGCAUAUGUGUGUGAUUAUUUAGAAAUCUGGUCGGUGGAUGUGGUUUGCUGCUGCCAAUCACAGUGUUCUUGUUUCUAAUAAAACCCUUUUCGUUUA